AUGCUUGCAAUCUAUAUAAACACUUACAAAGACAAGGAGCACGACUCGCCCCCGUGGACCUUGGUGCACAAUGUCGAGGAGCCCGAACUCGCGCCCUCGAGCCGACCAGCUAAGAAGGCACGAUCCUCACAGGCGUCGCAUGAAGACAAGGAGGCAGUUGCCGCGAUGAUCGGCUCUUUGGACAGCAUCGCCGCACGCCUCGAAUCCAUUCAAGAGCGGCCUGAUUUGGUGUGCAAGCGCAAGGCACACAUGAGGGACCCCGAGGAGUCCUCACGACCGCCAGCGAAAUGGCGUGCUCGCUGCGGCUGGCCGUACGGCUACUCCAACUUCACCCGGGCACAUGACGAUGGUUCUCAGAACCUGUGCCUCAAGUGCUUCCCCGAGGUAGGGGCAGAAAGUCGCAAGAAGGCGGCUGGGCAGCAGCCGUCCGACACGGAGUCCACUGACAGCUACGUUGUCAUGGAUACCGGCCUGCGAGCACUUCUCCUGGACGCUGGAGCGUCAGAUGACCUGAUCGCCUACGUCGCGACCAAAGGCAUCCUCUCCACCGCGAUCUUCGCCGAGAUGGGCGAGGACGUGAAGGAGUUUGAUCAAGCUAUGGUACAGCCGCUCGCCUCGCCAUUCAAGCUCCAGGACGGCAAGGUGUUUGAAGUGAGCGACGCCGAGCUGCCAGUGGCACGCGCAAGACUGCGCCACGCCUGGCGAAAGGCUCGCGAGAAGUCAGCACCAAACACGGCGAGCAGCUCCCCGACCACGACCGCAGCCGCAGUCACCGCGACUUCCAAGACAAAGGAGCUACCGCCCGGGUAUUGGCAGCAGCAGAUACACAAGUAUGAAGCCGUGCUCAUACAUGGAGUUCCUCGCAAGUUCCCCGAGAUGACUCUCUUAGGAGCCGAGGCCGUCAUCGCGAAGCUCCUCAACGACGCCAAGAACUUCGCCCGCAACGCGAUCCCCUUGGAGGAGAUCGUACAGCACAGGCACUUCACUGCGGCGCUCCUCCCCAACAACCUGAGCUCAGCCCGCAAAAGGGCCCGGUCACAGGAACAGGUCACCACUUUGGUCGUGAACGCCGACCUUCAGCUCGAGGCCGAACCCGAGACGCCUUGGAAGCCGAAGAGCCAGGUCGCCAUUCUCGACUGCCUCGAGGCCGUUCGCGUCGCCCUGAUCUUCAUCGAGUACGCCCCGGAGAGCGACAUCGACGAGUACUUUUCAUGGUGGCAGCGGUUGGUGCGCAGCCGCCCCAACAAGAUCGACCAGCUCAAGAUCCACUGGGAGAAUACAUCGUGGCGCAUCGCUCUCGCGCUGCGCAAGAAGCAGCCUUUCAGGGACAUCGCGCACGAGAUCAUGGCCGACAGCCAGCUCCUCCAAGAAGCAAUGAGCACAGAAGCUCAGCCAGAUCGCCCCGCACGCGCCCCAAAAAACACCGACAUCCUCGUGGAGGCAGAGGCCGAGGCAAGGGUCGAAACGGCAAAGGCCAGCAGCGGUGGUGGGAGCGCUCGGAAGGCAAAGGGAAUGGCAAGGGUGGCGGAAAGCAUCGCUACCAACCUCAAUACGAUCGCCAGUGGAACCACUACCAAGGCCGCGGUCGCCAACACGAGGAAGAUCGCCCACACUGGCAAGGUCACGGCAAAGGUCGCCAGCACGACGACGACAGAUCGCAAUGGCGCCAGACCGAUUGGCGACAGCAGCACGUCGCCAUUGCCCCGCUCCCGAAGAUCCCCCGACGACGACAAGAAGGAGCUACCUCAACCGGUGACGCUCCGCAGCAAGGCCGAGACCAUCCGCAUCAAGAACGGCGAUCGCCCGCCCGACAUCGUCCUGCUCAGUUUCUUUGAUGGCCUCGGCACCGCUUGUUUGAUUUGCGACGAGCACUGCAGCAGCAAUGGUCUCCAGUGGCGUGGCGCAUCGUGGGAGAUCGACCCUAACUUGAAGAAGUUGUUACACGACCACUUCCCCGACGUGGUGCAACGUGGCGACUUCGACCAGGAGACGCCCGAGUCUUUGCACAACUUGGUCCAGGAGCUCGACCCGACGGGACGAGCGACUGUGGUCAUAGCAGGAGGUCCUCCAUGUCAUGACUUUUCACGCAUUCGCUCAGACGCACCUGGUCACCAAGGUACGGAGGGAUCCAAGUUCGCUCGCUUCGCCCAGCUAGUGGUGGACUUGGAAAAGAGAUGGCAACGACCUCGCGCCGUCGUCAUGGUGGAGAACGUCAUCCCACAGAACAGAGCAGAUAUGCGCAAGAUCGAGAAGUCCCUCGACUCGCCCGCCGUGGUCCAUGACGCCGCAGACUUCGGCGCCAUAUCCCGACCAAGAGUCUGGUGGUGCAGGGUGCCAUGGCAGGAAAUCGCCCAUCGAUCCGAUUGUCCUCUUCGCAUCCGGUGGUCGACUAUGCAAGGCAUCCCACGAGUGCAUUUCGACCUUGUCAAGGACGACCCGCACGCUUUUAAGACCGAAGGACUUUCUUUGCCGAGGUGCCUGGUCGAGGAGGGCAAGCCGCUCCCGUGUCUCACAACAUUUUUAGACGACCCACAAGGACGCCCCGCUCCACGCAGCAGUAAGGGCAAAAUCAGCAGCGAAGCGAAUCAACGAUGGCGUGCCGAUCGACAACGAUUCGCUCCUUGGCAUUACGAAGCAGGUGUCAUGAUGGCGGACAGUCAAGGCCGCUUCGUGAUUCCUCCACCAUCGGUGAAGGAGCAAUGGCAUCACUUGCCACCAGGUGUCAUGAUGGCGGACAGUCAAGGCCGCUUCGUGAUUCCUCCACCAUCGGUGAAGGAGCAAUGGCAUCACUUGCCACCAGGCUGGACCAGCAAGCUCUCCGAGCACGAGCGCCACAAAGCGCUAGCCAAUGGCUGGCACGCUGGAGCCGCACGCCUGAUCUUCAUCAUGGCCAUGUUUGCCGCGACGCCCGCAAUGGCGGACAAGGAGCUCAACCCGCUAGGGGGAACCGCGCUCGACAUAGCAGCUGGCUUGUGGCAAGGUCGCCCGCCACUCCUAGGCCCGGGACCUGGCGACUACGACUCUUUUGACCUCUCCUACCUGCAGGACCCCGCGGAGCACUGGAAGUUGUCACGACACAUGCCCCAUCCGGACCACCGCGACGCAUUCAUGGAGCCUGGUUUGCAACAGUGGAUUCGCAUCUGGGUCCAGAUGCGCGCCCAUUUGGCAGAACUACGCCUCGCAGUCGUGGAACAGGUCGAAGAGAUGGUUGUGGAAAUGGAAGACGAGACCAAGUCCUGGUACCAGAGCCUCCGCCCUCACGUACAGAAGGCCUACCGGAGCACUACGGGAGUGUGCACUUUACAGCUGCCCGCGCUUCGCAGGAUCUGUGAACUGUUUGGCUGGCAGGACCUUGACAUUUUCGACGAGCUCACACAGGGUUUUCGUCUUCUAGGACCUCUAGCUCCGGGACUUGGCUGGAAACGACGCAAUGACGACCGCUACGCCAACCCUCUGGACCUCGCGGAGUUCAUGGUUAAGAACAAACAGUACGUCGUCGACAAUUUUCGUCGAUGCCGCGUCGACCCCUGCUGGAAACAGAUGGCAGACGAGAUAGCCGCCGAUGUGUCACUCGGGCGCAUGGAAGGUCCGUUCACCAGCCCUCCGGACUGGCCCAAAAGCGCAGUGCCGCUCGCAUCGCACGAGCACACAAGCAAGCUGCUCGAGGGCCCACGCGAACACCAGCCGACAUGCUUCGCGUUCGCAGUCCACCAGGUCGGGUCCGAUGGCCGCCCCAAAGUACGCCGCGCCGAGGACUGGAGACGCUCCUUCGCUAACGUCACGGUCGCAGCGGAGGACUCCCCGCCGUACCACGACGUCAACUCCUACGUGCAGCUGGUUCGCGCCAUCAAGGAGAUCGACCCGCAGGCCGAGAUCCUCAUAUGGGGCCUUGAUCACGAGUCGGCCUACAGACAGCUCCCACCCGUCGCACACCUACGUGGUUCUCGCGACGCCCGAAGGAGUGACUCUCUGGUCAUCCAAGGUGUCGACAUUCUCGUGUCCCACGAGUCCGUCACAGUGCAUGGCACAGAAGAGCGACGACAGAGGCUCGACGAGGCGCUCGCGGACGUGCUCACCCAGGUCGCUCGCACGCUGCAGCUCUUCGGCCCCUGUUUCGCAGAGCUCGACUCACAGGUGCUGGUCGUCAUCAUCGCGAUUGGAGACUCGAUGGACAGAUUCGCCAUGGGAUCGGCGCACUCGGUUCUCUACGCCGACGCGUUCUUCAACCUCUUCGACAAGGACUGGAAACCAUCCGACGAGGACAUUCCCAACUGGGGAAGGACACCUCCGGAGACGCUCCGCAACGGAUGGGGCUUCGUGGUGACUGUUCAGAGACAGACCUACUUCGCUCACGGCAGGGUACCGUACUGGUUCGUGCGAGCAUUCACAAGUCGACGGGCAUACAUCUACAUGCUAGAGAUCGUGGCUCAGAUCUUGCCUCUGUUCGCCAUGGAGGACCAGCUCUCUUCGUGGACAACGAACCCGCACGCCACGCUCUCACCCGAGGCUUUGGCAAGGAUGAGUCGAUCAACUGCUUGCUACAACAUGCAUGGCGCUUCUUGGAAGAACAUUCCUUUCGCCCAGCAUGGCAGCGUGUUACGUCGUCAGCCAACGUCAGCGACUCCGUCAGCCGCGGUGAUCUUCGCCACGCUCGAGCCGAAGGUUGGAUCGAACUACAGAGAGAUUGGGACAGUCUUUUCGAAGAACUUCUGUUGCCCGCCUUUAUCCACCGGUCAGCUCAGUCCAUCAUGUGGCCACGGUACCGCAGUCGACUUUCCCGCUGGCACGCGGAUCUUGGUUCCAAUGAACAUUGCCAUGACGGACAAGGAAGUUUGGGGCGUGGAUGCCUUUGAGUUCAAUCCCAGCAGACCGGGGCUGCAGGAGCGGAAUAUGGUCUUCGCAAACGUCGGGGCGGCAGGCAGUCGAGUUUGCCCAGGAGCUGGAAUUGCCAUUGACACCUGUGUAAAAAUUCUCCAAGUGCUUGGUGAAGUUCGCCGCAGUCAUAGACACAACUCUUGA